GUGGACAUUGACAGUUAAUCUUCGAGCUUUAUUAUAAAAAAAGCCCGCACCCUUUGCACAUUAGCAUUUCAGUCGGUAAACUGAAGAAGAGAAGUUUGUUUUUACCCGAAGCAGGUGUCACAUACUUCCAGCUAUAAAAAAAAAAAAAAUUCAUCGACUGUGUCCAGUGUCCUAAAACAGCCAUGAAGACAGCGUAUCUCGCAGCUGGGUCUGUGCUUGAUGUUGGUCCUGGAGGUGAUGAUCGUUGAGUCUGAGGAAGAGAACGAGGAGGAGAAGCGCGGCUUUUACAGUAAAAUGCUCAAACGAAAAGCCAAGUUGAAGAAAUACAAGGCGAACAAGAAGUGCCGCUGCAAGUCGGGUGGCUUGGGGAAGUUUUUCUUCGGAAAGCUCCCCAACAAAGGCAGAGACCAAGAACCUGCUCAAGCCCUUCCCACCGACAACCAAGACAACACCCAAGGGAUGGCCAGGAGAACCAGAACCAACCUGAAGCCUCCGACCAAGGGAACACAGAUCAACAACCUCAAUGACUUCAAAACCUUCUCCAACUUGUGUCCGCUGUACAAGAAGGUGUGAGUGGUUCAAGAGACAAGAAUCCUACAGAAGUCGACGGCACUUCGCGGAGCUGAAACGUUUGUGACCUGGAAAUGACCUUUCAGGACACUCUUAUAGAUGUCACACUUUAUGAGUGUUUAUUCAUUGGUCAUUAAAUUCUUCCAAGUUCUA